GGAGCAGCAGGAGGACAUGGACGUCCUCAGGGAGGAGGAGUCAGCAGGAGCAGCAGGAGGACAUGGACGUCCUCAGGGAGGAGGAGUCAGCAGGAGCAGCAGGAGGACAUGGACGUCCUCAGGGAGUUGUACCGCAGCAGCAGACAGAGACAGAGACUCUCUCAGGUGUUGUUGUUCAGAUCAGUCUCAGAGGAGCUGUCAGAGACCGUCAGCAUCGUCCCCGUCACUCAGGGUCUGACUUCAUCAUCACCGGCUGCAACCAUCGUUCCCCACCUGACGACCUUCGACCCCUGGCAUGUCCACCUGGACCUCCACCGCCGCUCCUGCCCCGGUAUCACCGUGCAGCUCCCGGUCUUCCCCACAGAAACGAACAACAUCAACAGUUCCUCCAGGCGUUCGUGGUCGUCGUCGCCGUCUGAGUCCAGAGACAGAAAACUCUCUGUGGAUUCCACAUCAGAUUCUCUCUGCAGCUCGUUCAGAGAAGACAAGCGUUUCCACAUGCACGCCGUCGCUGGUUCCAGAGUGGAUCUGGUUCAGGUUCCUGUUACCAGAUCCAGAGAAGAUCUCCCUGACCAUUUGGCCCCCGCCUCUAUGACCAGCUCAGACGAGAGCCCCAGUCCCGUUGCCUGCCUCCCCUGCUCCCCCUGCAGUUCCACCACCAACCUACAUGAAGACCUGCAGAAGAACCUGUCCACAGGAGGAAAGAUCAUCUGCUCCCCGACCUGCAGGGGCCCCAGGAAGUUGUCGGCCCCUGCCCUGCAGUUCACCAGGCAGCUGAGUGUAGGUGGAGCGGGCUCAUCGUCCUGGGUCCAUCUGAACCACAACCACUACCCGUUCCCCAACAGGAAGAGGCCGAGGAUCUCCGAGGCCGCCAGGAGGCUGGGGAUGUACUCGUCCUUCUGAGACACUUCACAAAGUUUAUUUCACGUUGUUUAAGAAUUCAAGACGUUAUUCUUUCAAACUCUUCACUUGUGCUUGUUGGGUUUCAUCUUCACACGUCUGUCGGUCAUGAGUAAUCUAUCUCUGUAUCUAAUGUCUAUAUAUCUACAUAUAUGAAAUAUCAUUUCAGUACAGAAACACAUGCUCUUGUUUUACAUUAAAUUCAGUGCUAUGUGAAUCAAAAUUGGAAUUUGAAACUAUUAGAAGCUUGUUUGAAAGUAACACGUUAAAAUGAUCAGAUUUACCAAAAAUAAAUUGAAAUAAGUAAAAAUGAAAAAAGUCUUUACCUGAAA